UCUCAGGCGUACUACAAGCACUCUCUUACGUAGACAUCCACAAGGAGACUGCUAAUACAACAACACGGUUGAUCUGCUCAACAAAUUUACCUGCUUUCUGAACCAUGUCGUUGAGCCCAAAGCACACAACGCCUUUCUCAGUGACAGAUAUUUUGAGUCCAAUCGAGGAGACCUACAAGAAGUUUAGUGGCAUGGACGGCACCGCGAACCUCACCUCUCCGCUGGGAGCCUACCGACAACCUCAGGUUUCUCAGCCUGGCAUGCAGCAACACUCCAUGGGUCACAACGCCACGGUGGCGACCACCUACCACAUGCCACACAGCGUCUCCCAGUUCUCGCACAGUGCCAUGGGAGGAUAUUGUAACGGAAGCAUUGGAAACAUGGGGGACCUUCCAUCGUACCAAGAAACCAUGAGAAACAGCGCAGCGGCUACAGGGUGGUACGGCGCAAACCCCGACCCAAGAUAUUCAACAAUUUCUAGAUUCAUGGGACCUUCCACAGGUAUGAAUAUGACCGGAAUGGGAACCCUGACCGGAAUGGCGGACGCCACCAAAUCCAUGCCACCUUUGCACGCGGCGCCCAGGAGAAAACGACGAGUUUUGUUUUCUCAAGCUCAGGUGUACGAGCUGGAACGGAGAUUUAAGCAACAGAAAUAUCUCUCGGCGCCCGAGAGGGAACACCUGGCGAGCAUGAUUCACCUGACCCCGACCCAAGUCAAGAUAUGGUUCCAGAACCACAGGUACAAGAUGAAACGGCAGGCCAAGGACAAAGCCGCUCAGCAGCUGCAGCAGGAGGGCAACCUAUGUCCGCAGCAGCAGUCUCCCAGGCGCGUGGCCGUUCCCGUUCUCGUCAAGGACGGUAAACCGUGUCAAAACGGCUCUAACACGCCGACACCGGGUCAACAGCAGGUUCAGCAACAGCAACAAAACGGCGCAGGGGGAGUGAUGCCCGCUUCCAGCAAUACCAUCAAUCAACAUCAGAACCAGCAAGUGAACCCAUUGGUCCAGGCCCAAGACCUGGAGGAGAUGUCACCCAGUCCUCCGUCUCUCCACAGCCAGAUAAGCAACUUGGCUCAGAUAGACACUUCCGCUGUAGAUUAUACCAACAAUAUGGUCAGUUCGAACCUGCUUUAUGGCAGAACGUGGUAGGACCAAUGGUAAUGUUCUUUUUUUAUUUUUUAUCUUUUUUUUGUUACCCUAAGGAUACGAGUUACGAUGUGAGCCCAAGAGCAGAUAAAACGUGUAUCAUGUUGAUAUAUCCAGCUGUGAAGACUGUAGCCUUCGACGGCUUGAAGGACUACACAUCGAAGCGGCCCACCUGUUUGAGGCGCAGUUCCUUGACGGUUUCUUUUUUUCUAAAAGCGCAACUUCUUUCUUCUUUUUUGAACACUUAAAGAAACGGUUGCCAGUGAAAACAGUUGUGUUGAUUUUCGGGACUUCCCCAUUCUGUUAAUGUAGUGAAUGUCGUUGGAAAGGAAUGCUGCUCCAAAUUUAGUUGGAAUGCGGGGAGUAAGGGAGCGAGACCGGGGUUCAGGUAUAAACUUCUGAAAAGGGAUC